AUGGCAGACGCAGCCGUCGACAACAAAGAAGUAGCACCAGAGGAGGUAACCUCAACAGAGGUGAAAGAAUCUCCAGUUAAGAAAUCUCCUGCUAAAAAGGUGGUAGAGGAGAAACCAGAAAGCAAUGGAAAGGAAGAGAAUGGCAGUGGAGAUGCACCUGAAGAAACACCUGCUGAGAAUGGAGAUGAAAGCAAUGAUGCCGUUGAGAAUGGUGAAUUUGAAGAAGAAAAAGACACAAAGGAAGCAGGAGUGAAGAGGAAAUCUGCAGCUGCUGACAAUGGUGACGCUACAGAAAAGACAACACCUGAGAAAAAACAAAAAGUGACAGAAGAAGCUGCCCCUGCUGAAGCGGAGGCCUAA